AUGGACGCUUUGGGGGCCAAAAACCUGCGCCAGGCUGACGCUGCGGCGGAGUUGUGGGCGUUGAUAAUUGGCUGCUUCCGAAUGCUUCAGAUGCUUCAGAGGAUACUUGAGAGGAUACUACAGAGGAUGCUCAGGAUUGGGUGCUCGAAAUUGGCUUGUUGCAGAGGAUUGGCUGCUUUCAGUGCUUCAAGGGAUUUGGUACCAGUCUCAGAAUCGAAGGACAAGUUUGUAUUGAAGCCAGUCUGA